GGCUGAAACGAUUUGUAGUUAUGUACAGUUGUAUAUUUUUCAGCGUGUCGUAACUUUUUUGAUAGACAUUUUUAUUGAAAUCAUUCAAUAAAAAGAAUUUAAUCAUGGCUAAAUUUGAUCUUACAUUAAAAAUAAUUCCAUACCUGGAUCUACAUUUAGGUUUUCCACUCUUGGAGUAUAUAGAUACUAAAAGGAUCUAUGACGAAAAUGAACUACUACACGCUAAACUCGGUAUUCUCAGCAAAACAAACAUGAUUGAUUAUGUUAUUGAUAUUAGGAAGCAGCUGUAUCCUGAUCAAGAAGUAUCAGAGGAACUGAAGAUGCGUCGUGCUGAGGUUGUUAAAGAACUAGGAAUUUUACAAAACAAUGUUUCCAAAGUAGUCGGGUGGAUGAAUGACGAAGAAGUUAUGAAAAAAAUGGAAGAAAUGCGUGACUCCAAAGCGCUUAACAAUUAUUUGGUUCAAGAUUUAGAAUUUAAAAUUGAAAUGAUGGAUGAACUCGUGAAACUAGCCAAGUACCGUUAUGAAUGCGGUAAUUAUUCUAUUUCCACUUCGUAUUUGUAUUUCUACUUAUUGAUUAUGCCGCCAACUGACAAGAAUUACUUGAAAGUUUUAUGGGGUAAACUAUCGUCGGAAAUUCUUACGCAGAACUGGGAUGCUGCAUUAGAAGACGUUUAUAAAUUACGUGAAUUUAUUGAUAACAGUGCUCUGGGUAGUCCUGCUCACAUUCUCCAGCAACGCACGUGGUUAAUUCACUGGAGCUUAUUUGUUUUCUUUAACCAUGUCAAAGGACGUGACGCACUUAUUGAGCUGUUUCUCUAUCGCCUUAAUUACUUGAAUGCCAUUCAAACGACUUGUCCCCACAUUCUUCGUUACUUGGCAGCUGCAGUUAUCGUAAAUCGUUCUAAGAGAUCAACUCUGAAAGAUCUUAUCAAAGUAAUUCAACAAGAAUCUUAUACAUACCGUGAUCCAAUUACUGAAUUUUUGGAACAUUUGUAUGUGAAUUUUGACUUUGAAGGAGCGCGUCUUAAACUACAAGAGUGCCAGACUGUUAUUCUCAAUGACUUUUUCCUAGUUGCUUUGUUAAAUGAAUUUGUGGAAAAUGCAAGGCUGAUGAUUUUUGAAACUUUCUGUCGUAUUCAUCAGUGCAUCAGCAUCAGUAUGCUUGCUGAGAAACUUGACAUGAAACCAGAUGUAGCGGAAUGUUGGAUUGUUAACUUGAUUCGUAACGCCCGACUAGACGCUAAAAUUGACAGCAAACUGGGACACGUUAUUAUGGGUGUAGAACCAGUGUCUCCAUAUCAACAAAUAAUUGAGAAAAUAGAAACCUUGAGCGUACGAAGUGAAGCAUUGGAAAACCUUAUUGAACGUAAAUUAAAAGUUAAAAGCCAAGAUCGUGGCGGUAUUGUUUGGAAUUAAUUUUCUUAUAAUAUUAGAUAAAACUUUCAAUUAAAUAAAAACGUUGAUUUUUUCAUCUAAAAUAAUUCCAUUUUUUUAAAUUGAUUCUCAUUGCCUUUUGUGAAUUAUGUUAUUUGAUAAUUCUUGAAGUUAUUCUUAUAGAAUUUUUGAAACAUUUUAGUGAAAAUAAAGUGCAUUUUUACUAAAAUGUUAGACUGCCUUUUUAAGUCGUUCAGUGACAUAAAUUCAUAAAUUAUCAAAUAAAUGUAAGUCAGAAUUUAUACGGGAUAUAGUUAAACGGAAAAUAAAAUUCAUUGCUGUGCAAUAGAAAAAAAAAAAAAAUGUAAAUUUUUGUUCAUAUUUACAAAUGUAUAAAAAGAAUAGAUAACUAUUUCUAUUUUUACUAAAAUAAGUGCUUUUGUACAGGUGUAAAUGUAUUGAUGAAUAAAUUUAUUACUAUUAA